CAUCAUAUAUAAAGUGACAACAACGAAAAAAGAAAGAAAGAAAAGGAAGAAUCCAUUCUUAGUUCCAUUCACAAUGUCAUCAUUAUCAUCCAUAAUGUAUCUAUCUAAAUAUUUUUGCUCAAUAUUUUGUUUUUUCAUAUUAAUCUAUCAAUCAUCAUUAUUAUUUGUUGUUUGUACUACAUAUCAACAAAAUGUUAAUAAUAUAUCAACAAUGAAUAUUAUUCCAAAUCAGAAUUUUAUUCCACAUCAUUCACAUCAUGAUCAACAACAACAACAAAGAUCACAAAGAUCUGUACCAGAAUUCGAAGCAACAUUAAAUGCAAUGAAAUGUGCUCUUCGAAUUGUUGGACUUCAAGUUUCAGAACAUCAUAAUAAUAUGUUCAUGUGUUGUGGUUUAUGGAAAAUGAAAUCCUAUAUGAAAGAUACGGCCGAUCGUGUUUGUGAAAAUGCAUAUGAAUCAAAACGUGUAUUCGAUGAUUUUAUGACCGAUGAGCUUAUAUAUGGUAAAUUUACACAUUCAAUUCUUGGUGAUGAUACAUUGGAUUGUAAAAAAUAUCCGGAAGGAUCACCAACAUGUGAUCGUUUAUUUGCAAUCAUAACAUUUAUUAUUGUUAUGAUUAUUUUAUCAAUAUUUUUAUUGAUUAUUGGUUGUUGUAUGGCAACUAUUUGUUGGCAUAGAUCACGUCGUCAAUAUCAAUGUUUAUUACGAUUAAAAUUACCUGAUGAUGAAUGUUUAGAAAAACAUGAAUUUCUAAAUCAUGAUGAUUAUGAUGAUGGUGAAAAACGUAAAACUAAACGAAAAAAUUGGUCAAAUCAUCUUAAAGCAUUGAAACCAUGUCGUCCACUUGAACAUAAACAUAAUAGUACAAAUGAUAUUUUACGUCGUCAACAACAACGGCCACAAUCAAAUGAUCAAAUAGAUUCAUCGGGAAAAUCUAGUCCCGAUUCUGGUAUACCACCAUCAACUAAUUCAACAACAACUUCACGUAAUGCAUCAACUAUGACCUUAAGUAAUGAUAAUCACCAACAACAGGCUGUACAAGAAAAGCCUCAACAACAAUGAUAAUUCAUUUAAUAUUCCAAUUUUUUUGUAAUUUUUUUUUUGUAAUUUUUUUCCUUGGAUCUCAUCAAUCAAUUAAUU